CCUUUGAUUCUUCUUAGCUGGUUGCUAGACCUUGCCAAUGUAGAAUCAUUGAAAGUCACUUCACCUAUUAUUCAGAUUCUCUCCUUAGUUCCUGAUUUAUUGGAGGUUAAGCUCACUUCGUUGUGUAACUUGAAGUUAUUGGAAGUAAAACUGAUACCACUUCGUUAUAGUUCAUUAUUCGUAUUAAUGGAAGAGGCCAUGUUAAAGAAAGCUGCUGCCAAGUCACGUAAAGAAGCUGCUAAGUUAAGAAAGGAAUUUAAAGCGGGUUUAAAACCACCUCCCAUACCCGAUGGAAUAGUUGAUUUCUUGCGACAAAACUUGCCGUCGGUGGAAGUUAAAAUCUUAACAGAUUACCCGAGUUCUUUUGAUCUUAAGCAGAUUGAAGAACCUGUAAAGGCCACGAAGAACACCAGCUGUUGUUCGCAAUUUGACGCGCCUUAUUCCUCCUUUGCUGCACCUCUCAAUCUUCAUCUCUGUUGCGCUGAAAAGAUGGCAUCUAAUGUUGACAACAGUGACUCAAUGCUUUGGCCUGACUUGGUAACUAAAGCUUUCAUUGACAUUAUGGUUGAUGAAGUUACAAAAGGAAAUAUGCCAAAUGGUGUGUUUCAUACUAGCACAUGGACCUCGAUGACUACUAGGUUGAACUCCAUAACUAAUCGCUCCCAUAAAAAGGAACAACUAAAGGCAAAAAUGGAUAGGCUACGAGCGAUGUUUCAUGAGUUCUAUUCACUUUUGCAAAACACUGGAUUUACUUGGAAUGCAGAAACCAAUAUUGUUACUGCAAGUGAAGAGGUCCGGCAAAAUUAUCUUAAGACACAUUAUAAAGCAUCUCAAUUUCAAAAGAAAGGUUGUGACCAUAUAAGUUGUUGGAAAUCAUAUUCAACAAAAAUAAUGAAAGAGAAGUACUUCAUCAGUCAUAUACCCAAGACCCACCAAAUACCGAUAAAGAAAAUGAGCUGGAUAAUCAAUGUUGUAACAUUGGGAGUGUUAAUUUUGUAUCUGUUGAUAAUGAUAGUUCAAACAAUGAUAUACAAGAAUUGGAGAGCAUCACAUCCAGUGGGAAGCAAAAACAUCAAGUAAAAGAUCAUACAUCCAUGAAAGAGUCUACAUCGGGUCGGAUGGGCGAUGCACAUGCUGCAUCGGGUAAGAUUGUGGAGGCUACUUCUUCACAUGGAACAAUAGAUUGUUCUCUUACAAAGUGUGUGAUUGCUCUUGAAGAGAUAGAAGACAUUUCAGAUGACAUCUUCGGAAAAGCCUUGGAAAAGUUUAAGGAUCCUGAUUGGAGGGAAAUGUUUAUGGCCAUGUCUAAUGAUAGGAGACGUGGAUGGCUGUUUAGACUUUAAGGAUAAAACUUUACUUGCAUAUGUGGCAUUGGUGCCUAGACACA